AUGCAUCAUGCUCGGCGCUGCGCGGCCCUGGCAGUGAUCGUCCUCUGCACUCUACUGCUGGGUUGGUCGCUGACGCUGCAGCGACUUGUGCCCAAUGAGCCACUCGAACCGAUGUUGGAUGACCACCAUCCCACGGCACAACCAUGGCAUCAAAAGCUGGAUCCUGACUUGCCUAAACGCCUUCGCUCAGCGGGGCAGACGCUAUCUCGCCCAGACCUGUCCUUUGCUGAUGAGCGUUUUCCCAAAACAUCCGGCACGGGGUCAACAUGCAAAUUGCACUUGCCGAGCAGGAUUGCAGCGGCAGCUUCUCGAAUGUACGACCCAAACGCCUGCCAACUGGAGCCGUAUGAAUCGCUUGACGAGUUGCAGACUGUUCUUGAUCGGGCCCUGGUCUCUGUUUGCGGCCCCCUCGUGCGGCUCGAGCUUGGCCAAGUCGCUGCCCUGCCCUCGAUUGAACGCCCGGGCUACGUUUUCCGCCAUCUGAGCGAACUCGAUGCUGCUCUGCUUAAGGCCUACCAGCAUCAUGUGCUUCUCCUUCCUUGGGCAACGACUCAGUUCACAGGCCCCGCUCUCGACUUGGCUUGGUCUGUGCCUCUUGGAUGGACCACGCAACCGAGAGUGCUGAACGCCGAGUUUGCCCUCCUGCUACGUAGCUCCAACUCGACUCCACGGGUCAUUGACCCACGUGGGCAGGCAUUGAGGCAACACAUGGCCACCCCACAACUGCGCCAAGGCUGGAUAACCUCAGAGGCUGCCGUGCUGGCGAUAUCACUGCGCCGCGUUCUUCACUUCUCAGUCUGGCAUGCACUCCGCCAGGCAGACCUCGGACUACCGGUGCAGCCUGUCUUGCGUCUGCUAAUUUCCCCAGACGUAGUGCGCCAGUAUUUACACGAGGCAGGUUUGGGCGUGUUGCACGCCUUUACCUCGACGCCUUGGCCGUCACUGGAUCUGCAACCUGGGAUGUCAUUCCCCAUCCCACGCCUAGACGUCCGCGAUCAGCCCGUGGAGCAUGAGUUUGUGCCGCAGGAUGCUGGCCUACUGGAGCGCUGCACCAUGAUCAUGACCAUUUACGAGCGUCACGCUGAGCUCCCGCGCUUCCUCGCUUUCUAUCACACGGCUUCCUGCCUGCAUAAGAUCGUCGUCAUUUGGAAUUGUAUUCAAGAACCUGUGCCCAAACUCAACUGGACGCAGUACGCCGUGCCUGUUGUGCUGCGGCGCCCCACUCGCAACAGCCUCAAUAAUCGUUUUCGCCCCGACUUGGCCAUUGAAACGGAUUGCGUCAUCAACAUGGAUGAUGACUGGCUCAUGCCACACCAGGUAUUCACCAUGAAUGCCCGGGUGUGGUGGCACGGCCACCGCGAUCGGCUGAUCGGUCUCACCUACUUGGCACGGCUACACGGCCGGGCCUUUGCCAACGGAACAGGACCCUGGAUGUACUUGAAGCACAAGGAACGACCUCAGUCCAUGGUUCUACCCUCGGGCUUUGUCAGUGAAGCACAACCAUGCCUCGGCGCCUGCCACCCCCAAACAUUCCAUCACGCCGGUCUGGCCGCUAACAACGACCAUACUUAUCAUCGACGCUAUUUGCAGGCUUACACCACGGACCUGCCUGCAGCCGCUCGCGACGGAGUGGACAUGUUGAUGAACUGCGAUGACCUGCUGUUCAACCUGCUCGUGGCUUCUCGAACCGGGCACCCUCCAAUUCUAGUCGACUCUUCCGGCGUGGCGGGAGCCAAGGUCGACGCCAAAUUGGGCAAGGCCGCCGGCUUGUGGCGCCGCAGCUCCCAUAUGGAUGUGCGACAUCGAUGCUUGAACGAAUUGCUGCGCUUCUUUGGCGAUCACAUGCCGCUUCGCUACACAACUUUGACCUACGGUGUGGAGCUGAACAUUGCUCGCCCUAUCCCAAGGCGUGGUGCAGAGUUUUUGCCCCCCUUUGGCUGUGUGCGCUCUGGAUCUGGCUGCAAGGACGAUUGUGUCGAAUGUACCGAGCUGGCCUAA